AUGAAGGAGCAGGCCCGAGCUGUGGCAAAUUUAGAGUUGGAAACCAGAGCCCUCCCCCUCGGGGAGCCCGCCCCGCUGCUCCGGGCCGCCCGGCGGAGUAUCGGGACGCAAGCGGGGGGGCCGAGAUCUGAAAAACCUGGCGAUAACAGCAAACACGUGUCCGUGCAAAGGGGUCGGAAAGAAGAAACUCUGCUGUCGGCUGCGCAGAAAGUGAAAGAAGCUGGAAGAGACUUUACCUAUUUUAUUGUGGUGCUUGUCGGAAUUGGUGUUACAGGUGGUUUGUUCUAUGUGAUUUUUAAAGAGCUAUUCUCUUCUUCUAGUCCAAGUAAGGUCUAUGGACAUGCCCUGGAGAAAUGCAGAUCUCACCCUGAGAUAAUUGGUGUUUUUGGUGAAUCUAUUAAAGGCUAUGGGGAGGCAACAAGAAGAGGAAGACGACAGCUUGUCAGUCACAUUGAAUACGUAAAGGAUGGACUGAAACAUAUGCGUUUGAAGUUCUAUAUUGAGGGCUCUGAACCAGGGAAGCGGGGAACAGUUCAUGUAGAAGUGAAAGAGAAUCCUGAAAGAGGAAGAUUUGAGGUCCGCUACAUAUUUGUGGAUGUUGACACCUAUCCUAGAAGAACCAUUGUCAUAGAAGACAACAGAUAGCCAAUGAUCAAAGUUGCCACCUCAUCUCAUUGAGUAUUGGAUGAUACUGGUGUAGCCAGUCUACACAUAAAUUGUUUGGUGUUCUCGAUUGUAUCUUGCAGCUUUGGGGUUGUGUUACAGGAUGUAUGUAGCCUCUCAGGGCCUCCAUUAAGGUCUUUCGUAAUAACAGAUACAGGAUUUGAAGUGAAGCCAAUGAAAAAUAGUAGAGCCAUCACUUACGGCAAAUACUUCUGACAUAGGAAAAUAAUGGCUCAUAAUAAACAGUUUAAUGCUGGAUAAUACUUCUACACACCCAAAAACUGAGUCUUCCAAUAUUUUAGGUUUGGAUGGGGAGGUUUUUGUCUUCCUUUGCUUGGAUUUCCCACUAGCACUGCAAUAAAGAAAGUGGUAUUUUAAGUGUAGACAAACUCACUGUUUUCAUUCUGGAUGCCUUUGUGUAGAUAAGAAGGUAAAAUAAGAAUGUAUGUUAGUGAUGUAAAUGGGAUCUAGCCCAAAGGCAUGUAAGAAUAUGGAUUGUGGAGGCACAUCCAUGGCAAAUGACUGAAGAUAAAGACUUCAAUAUUGGUAUCUUCUAAAUAGAUUAACAGCACACAGAACAGCAGUACUGUCUGUCCCUUCCAACAUUUGCCAUGCUGCUCCGCUAGCUAAUGACAGUGUUGUAGCUGCUCAGCACUGCCCACGGUUUUUCCAUUAACUUAACUGAUCUAUAUCUUCUGGGAAUCAGAUUCAUAUAGGUUUACCCAAACUCAAAAGCUCAACUCAUGACCAAAUUUCUCACCUGGUUUUCUUCCUUAGUGCAACAUGGCAGAUAGCAAGCAUAACCCUGUGUAUUAAUAAUCGGACCCGGUCGUGCCCAUCUGUCAAGCAGCACCAACCAAAAAAUUUCAAGCUUUAGCUUCUUAACACUUAACCACUUUCUUAGACACCAACUAACGCGUUUUUCUGUAGUUGCCUAUCAUGUUAUGAGCUUUUUAGUUCACUAGUUAAUUAUGCCUACAUUAAGCACACAAUGAUGUUCAGUUAUCAGCCCUUAUUAUGAGUUCAUUUAAUGGUACAUUUGGACUGUUCUAAAGUUCAUGCAAUAUUCCCUCAUACAAUGCCACAAAUAGCGUAUAUAGACCUUUAGUAACACUUCACUGGACUUCAGCCAUCCUGUUCAUCUGUCUCCCAGUAAUCUCAUUUGCAUAACCAUAACAACUGAACAUAAUACUUUGUUAGACCUGGAUGACUUUGCUUUAUAUUAAGCACUACAACCUUGACUUCAGUCAGGUCCUCAUAUUGUUUGAAAGUAUCCAAUGAAGAGGAAUCACGCAGUCGUCCCAGUUUGUGAGCAGAGCAGAGUAACCACACGUUGCAGCAGAGCAGCCACCAGUGUCAACCUGUGUUAAGCUGCAAGGCAUUUUGGAGUUUUGUACGCUGUAUACGAUGUAACUGACUUCUACUGUGCAGGCCAAAGGGAGUUUUACAAAACCUCAAACAUCAGUUGAGGUUGACCAAAGUGAUUUCAUAUCUGUUAGUUUCAGCAGAGUUACGAAUUUGUCUGCUUGCUUUCAUCCCUCGGUGGAUGCUUGUCAAGACUUAACAAGCCCACGAUUUUACACAUAGUCAAAAGCUAUGGAAGUCUUUGUGGGUGGCUCCCUAUUGUACGUAUGAGAAAUGGUUGUGCUGCUUGAUAUAUCUCCAUGAAGUAACUGAUAAACUUUUAUUUUUACCUACAGUUAUUGACAUCAUUAAUGUCCACCUGGAAAAGUGUCUUUAAAUAACGAAAGCAAUUGACUCCCGUUGUCCUUUGUGUUAUUUUCUUGAAAGCGGUAGAGUCAAUAACACCUUUUGACUUACAACUUAUGCUUACGACUCUUCCCAAUUCUUAGCAUUACACUUGCCAAAACGUUUGUUUCAGAAGAAAUUUUCAAACCAACCUAAUUGAUUUAUAACCCAGUAAAAAAAAAAGAAGAAAAUAUCUGAGGCCCUCAUUGUUUCAUUGCAACCUGCUGCAGUACUGACUGAUAGCGUUACAUACCACGUUUACCUGCCACCGCUUAUGUCCAGUUGCUAUAAGCAUGUGUCAUACCGUGGCGGUCACUGACAACCACCUCUGCAAGAGUUUUGUCACGAAUGCAAGGCGGAGCAGGUUUGUCAGAGCACAUCAGAAAUUUUGCAAGCUAUGUAAGUUUAUAAUCUAAUACUAAGAUUACUAGCCUUAAGCCUGUACUAUACCUUGAUAAAAUGUAAUCAUUCUUCACUUUUUACAAAGUAAGACUAUAUAAAAAUACACAGUUCAAACUAGAAAAUGUAAUACUAUAUUUGCCCUUCCUUUAUGAGUUUCUACCAUAUCAAGCUGCCUGAAAGCCAUUGUAAACCUCUAUGUCAACAACAGACCUGACAGGAUAGGUUUUUUCCUGUAACUCUGCAUCCCAGCUUUGCUUCCUUAUUAAUCCAGCUGUGGCUUGUUUUCAGUGGACUUCACUGCUGGAGAAAGGAGUACUUCCUAAAGCAAGAUGUAAAAAACAUUUUUUAUAGUAAAUGGUAUAGGUACAGUAAAGAGGCCAGCUGUCUUUCGUCUUGUUUUAGAGCCUUGUUUGCACUGAAGAAAGAGACUGUCAGGACUAGAAACUUUCUGGGAAGGAAAAGAUGAUGACCUCACAUAAUGAUGUUUUUCCAACAGUGCAGGUACGUGAAAUUCUGCGUCAGGCUUGUGGUAAAACAGCAAGAAUUGGCCAUUGGGGUUAAUGUGUGUAUUUGGCUUCAGCUUGAGAAGACAGACUAAGAAUUUGAUUAUUUGCAACCAGAUUUAUUUACCUCUUUUUUCAGUAGCAAGGACUUCCUAACACACAGAAAUAUAAUGUAUUUCAAGGGUUGUGUGAAAGAACUGUCUAUCUGGAAAUCAGAUCCCUGGUUGUUUGGUCCCUUUGAGACAUCAGAAUAGAAGUUUUUAAAGUCGUCCGUAAAGCUGUCAGUACCAUAGUUCUUGCACUAAGCGCCCUUGUCACACUUCGGCAUUUGUGUCGGGCCCCGGUGUCAUGCUCCCUAACUGGGAAUAAAUGCUACAGUUACAGGUGUCAGAAGAAGUCUUAGCAAAGUCAACAUAAUGAUUCUGUCUGGCCCUUUGGCAGCCAGUCCAGACCCGUAUGAGAAAAAUGAAGACAGACCAAAACUGGCAAUAAGGAAGAGACAUGAGUGUAAUUUAAAAGGCACGGAGGGAUGUGGAGAUGUCCACACUGCAACUGACCUUCACAAUUUCUUGAUGAUGCUAUGACUGUCUAAAAGCAAAGUACAAACCUCUGUUUUAUACACUGCAUUUCAAGAAACUGGAGCAUCCAGAGAAACAAGUCAGGGGAUUACUUUCAAGCUUAUUUUUGGUUAGGGUAGCCCCAAUAUGACAGGGUUAUAAAUAAAAUGUUUCUCAUCC